UGACCAGUGCACUUGCCGCUUACAUUGUAUGUCAUAAUAGCAAAAACGCGUAGAAAUGUAAAGAUAGGUGAUUGAUCACGGCGUUUCUGAAUUCCAUUUUCCAACGCCGUAACGCGGGGUUUCCCAGACUCUUUCGUCUACCCCCAAACCAAAACCCCUUUCAUAAUCAUCUUCUCCACCCUCAAUUUCCAUACCCAGGUAAAACAACAACAAAACAUUCCAUAUCCUAGGUAUCAGUAUCUGUCAACAUCAUCACCAUAUUUAUUUCAAAUCGUCGCCGGUUUUUUCUCAAAUCUAAGGAGUUAGGAACGGUGAGCACCAUGAUGCGAUCGUGUUUCAACCAAUUGGAGAGGUGUUUUGGCCGGCGGAACGGCGAUGGACUUUUGUGGCACCUGGACUUGAAGCCUCACGCCUCCGGAGACUUUUCAAUUGCCGUUGUUCAGGCUAAUUCGUCCCUUGAGGACCAGAGUCAAGUUCUCACUUCGCCAUCCGCUACUUACGUCGGCGUCUACGACGGCCACGGCGGCCCUGAAGCCUCCCGAUUCGUCAAUCGCCAUCUCUUUACUUAUAUGCAACAAUUUGCCAGAGAGCAAGGGGGGUUAUCAACGGAUGUCAUUAGAAAGGCUUUUCAUGCGACAGAAGAGGAUUUCAUAGGAUUAGUCAAGACAUCUCUGCCAGUAAUGCCACAGAUUGCUUCAGUUGGAUCUUGCUGCCUUGUGGGUGCAAUUUCUGAUGGUCAAUUGUAUGUGGCUAAUUUAGGGGACUCAAGAGCAGUUCUGGGAAGGAGAGGUGUGGAUGGGGAGAGGAAAUCUGUUGUAGCGGAACGGUUGUCUACAGACCAUAACGUAUCUUCUGAGAAGGUGCGGAAGGAGGUUGAAGAACUCCAUCCUGGUGAUUCACCUAUUGUGUUCUACUGUCAUGGGGUUUGGAGAAUCAAAGGCAUAAUUCAGGUAAUCCAUAUAUAGAUGCUCUUUACCCUUCUAUUUUUUUAUUUACAUUUUCAUCCUAUUUCAUCUUGUUUAUAAUUGCUCAUUGUAUGGUUUAUUCAUAAAUGUGCAUUUGCUUGAUAAUAGUUAAAAUACUAUGAGAAUCAAAUUCUUAAAACAGUUCUUUAUGAUUUAUUCAAUUGGUUUGGUCAUGAAUAUUUGUAGCAUCAUCUAGUCCAAUUGCAUUUAUGGUAUGCUAACUUAUCCAAAAAGGGAAAAAGCUCUCUAGAAACAUGUGAUAUUAGUAAUCUACGUUUGUAGAGUUUUCUGGAAAACCCUUCAAAUUAUGACGGUCAUCCCAAGAUUUAGAGCAAGCCAUAGUGGAUAUCAUUGAAUUGUGGAUAUUUUAUACAAAGGAUCUUUAUUCCCUCUGUGUCACCAUAAGAGAGAAGGUCAUUCUCAUCAUUAUAGACACUACGUAUUAGAUAAGAAUCAAAUCAGUUCCCCCAUUCGGAAUGUUCCCUUUCCCAUUAUACAAUGGCAUUUAUCUGUCCGUCUUUUGCAGAGAAUUACCAAAACAUCUGUCCUAUUGAUUUUAAAUGGGCUAUGUGCUCCCCCCUCCCCAGUCCACUGUCACAUGCAGCUGAAGUUAAAGUUAGCCAGUCUUUCUUGCAUGGGACAGAGAUAGCGAUAUCUUAAAGAUUAGUUUUGUGAUUUCAAGGAAGGCUUAGCAUCUCCUACAUCUUUGCCAGGUGUCAAGAUCCAUUGGUGAUGCCUAUCUCAAGAAACCCGAGUUUAACAGACACCCAAUGUUCCAGCAAUUCAGGAAUCCAGUACACCUGAAGCAUCCUGUACUAACAGCAGAACCUUCAAUCAUUACUAGAAAAAUCCGACCACAUGAUUUGUUUUUGAUAUUUGCUUCCGAUGGCCUCUGGGAACACUUGAGUGAUGAAGCCGUAGUGGAAAUGGUGCACAAAAACCCAAGACCUGGAAUAGCCAAGAAGUUGGUGGCAGCAGCUAUAGAGGAGGCUGCUAAGAAGAGGGAGAUGAAAUACCAAGACAUCCAGAAGAUUGAGAGGGGGAUUAGGCGUCAUUUCCAUGAUGAUAUUACAGUGGUAGUGAUAUAUCUGGAUAAUAACAACAAGAAAUCUUCCCAUCGUAAAGGGACUGUUGGCUAUGUUAGUGCUCCCAUGGAUAUCUUCUCAUCUAAUACAGACAAUGUUACAUAAAAGAGCAAAAGUCCUGGAGUUUCUUGAACAAGGAAGAAUGUAAUUAAGGUUUAGGGUAUACUUGGCCAUAUUUACAAGUUCGAGUAGGCUUUUUGGGUUGAAAGAGCUACCUUUUCCUGGAAAGAUGGCUUCAAGGUUGUAGAUAAGUAGAGUUCUUGAGAACGAAGCAGGGUUUCAUGUGUUAUUUUGGAUCUCACAGUUUACACAUUAAUUUGUUCUUUUCCUCACAUAUAUCAUAUAUUCAUAUACGGAGAACUUCGAAAGAAGUAAGAUUUCUGCGACUGUUUUGAUGAUAUACACACAACUGACACAAGUACCACAAGUAGCUCUACCUUUUAACUGAGUUGCUUCUAUGACUCAUUCUUCGAAAUAUGACUCGC